GGGCAGGGCGCGGAGAGCAGCGUCCGGGGCGGUGGCACCGGUGGCCUGUCCCCGCGCACAGCCCCGCGCGGCGCUGGCCCUACGCUGCCCCGUAGGUGUCCCUCGGGCGCAGCUGCACGCGUCCUCCUGAAAGCCAACUCCUCGGACCCCGCAGCCGCCAAGGCUACGGUGUCCUGCCAGAGGGCCCCCUGUGCCAUGCAGCCGGUGAAGAUCAACAGGAAAAACAAGCACGCUCCCCUUAUCCUGAGCAGGAAAGAGGAACUCACCCUCAACGUCACCAUGUCGUGGGACUGCCCUGAAGCCAUGGUCAUUCGCAAGAGCUGGCUGUACUUUACGGUGGCCUCUGUGAACGACACGCCUGACUGGAACCAUCCUGUGCACCUGCCACGUGUGCGGGUGAUGAAGUUUUCCUCCAUCCACAUCCCCAAAUCAGCCCUGCCUUACGGGGUGUAUGUGUUUAACUUCACGCUGUCCAUCAUCAGGUGGGAUCCCACCUUGCCCCCGCUGACAGACUCGGAUAUUAUCUACAUUUGGGUUAAAAAACGCCCCCUGAAGGCUGUUCUUCUUCCCAGCGCCACCAGCAUGACUGUGAAUUUCUCCGAUGAACUGAUUCUGAAUGGAACCAUGUCCUCUGACCCAGAGGCAGACAUCCCCACGGCGGGACUCCAUUUUUUUUGGUACUGCACCACAAAUCCUAGAUACUACGUUGGCAACUACAUACCAGUGACCACCCAGGAUGUCUGUCACCCAGAGCAGGAUACACUGAACUGGCCUUGGGCAGUGGGCCCUGUAUUAACCAUUCCACCAGAAACUCUUAGGGGCAACGGUGUGUAUUACUUCAGAAUGGUAGUCCGGAAACAAAACAGAACUGCAUUUUCCGAUAAGACUGUACAGGUACUCAAAGGACUUCCACCCAGGGCGCACAUUUCAUGCAUUGAAAAUUGUGGUUCGGCUUUAGUUGUGUCCGACAGAUUCUCUCUGUUUCUGGAUUGCACAGGUUGUGCCAGCCAUGAUUUCUAUAGGUGGUCCAUUUUGUCUCGAUCAGGUCAGGAAGUGACAUUUGACUGGGCAGGACAAGCUGUCACCGGGAGAAAUGGGGCUUAUUUAUCUAUAAAAGCAUUCGCCUUCAGGAAUUUUUUGGAAAAUGGGUUUUGGGUUUCUCUGCAUCUAUUAUCUUGGAGUGGGACAACCUUGAAUUUGAGACAUCCCUUUUUCGUGAACCAUGGCCCUCAGGUUGGCAAGUGCAAGAUCGAUCCAGUUAAAGGGAUUUCAAUGGUUACUAAAUUUGUUGUUGAAUGUAGUGAUUUUAAGGAUAAGAACCUCCCCCUUGAGUAUAAGAUAAUAGUAGCUGAGCUGGACAGCAUUGGCGAAAUCAGUUCAGUAGAAGAGCAGACACUGGGGCCCAUCGCGUAUUUAGGGGCACAGUCCACAACGCCCGCCUUUUUUCUUCCUGUGGGUGUGAUGUCAAACCACUACAGUUUGAAGCUGUAUGCUCAGGUCUAUGACUCACUAGGGACUUUUUCUCAGGUGACUUUGCAUGCCACUGUACAGGUGCCUACUGUCAGGGACUCCUCAAAGACCAUUUUACAACAGCUGUUCAAUUUCACCACAGACCCAACAUCUCCACUCUCCACUUUGUUUCAAAAGCAGGACUGGCUACCCGCAGGCUACUUGAUAUAUGUGGUGGCUUCUGUCUUGAAUAACAUAAAAUGGGAGUUGGAACUCCAAGGUGAUAGAGCCCAUCUCCUAGAGCACCUUGUCAAUCAGUCUUCUGUGCCCGCCAUGAGCACCCUGGAUGAGAUCUGCCAGGUGGUGAUGGUGAUUACCAAAUUAACCCAGGAAGCCUCUGGCUCUGGUCAAGCAGUUUCAGAGGGCGCCACGUUACGACUGUGGCAAGCAAACCAAGCCCUGCAAGCGUACCAACGCAAGAACCAAUAUUUUCACUCCCGGCACAUUGAAAUUGUGGGCACUGGCAUCCUAGCCAGUCUGUCUAACAUUCUUAAGCUGAUUAACCCCUACUACGUGUUCCAAGAUCCUUUCUAUGUGGUCGAAGCCCUAUCAGACACAAUACUGGCUAACAAGGUGCCAGGGAGUGAAACCACUGUAAUGAGGACCAGCAACUUCAACAUGUAUGUGGAGAAGGUGGAAAAUUCCCAUGUUGCUAAGGUCUUCAGAAAUGAGACACUCUGCCCAAACUGCCUGCAUGCGACACUGAAUGCCAGCAGGGUUCCCAGUCUGCCUUCCAACGCUCCAAUUUCGACGAUGUUUUGUGAGUUCACCGAUGACCCCUUUCCUUGGUUAACUUACCCGGAAAACAUUUCUGCAGAGGUGGUAGGGUUCAGAAUGACAGGAGCCACAGACAACGGUAGUGUCAUAGAGAUCACACCCGACGUAGCAGAAGUGUACGUUGUCAGAAAAGAUUUGACCUUUGCGAGUUUUAACCUUACGGUGGGACCAGGCAUUGACAGUGCUGGGUUCUCAAAGAUAACGACAGGUGGAAUUAGCUUUGAGGUGGACAGCAGAGGCACUGGAGGGGUACUGAUCCACAUUGUCACCAAAGUGACAGUGUUGUUCAAGGCCUUGAUAUAUGCGGGCAGUCAGGUCACCCCCACCAAUCUGGUUGGCACUUUCCUUGUACCUCAUGACAUCCCUCCCAUCGUCAAGUGGAACGGCCAGUUUGACUCGACCUGUCCAACCAAGGAGGCCCGUGUGGUUUGUCUGCCCUCAUCCCUGCUUCGAAUCAUAGCUGAGCGCCACCAUUCAUUCAAGUAUAACAUAUCCAUGGUCCUGCAGGCACCUCGUUUUGUCUUUAAGCCCACUAACAAGCUAGUGAGAAUUGCUCUCUUCAUGGUUCACUGUCUGGACAUGUACGGGAUUCAGAGUGAUUGGCGAGAAGGUACCUGUGUGCUGGGCGAGAAGACCACGUGGAGAAAAGCACACUGCGUCUGCAGGAAUGUGGGGCGGAGCCGGCGGCAGCUGGCCUCUGUCAGGAUGGCUUACCUUCAUUUGCACACCCACUUUGUGACGGCUAAGGUGAUCGUGGUCCCUAACCCUGUGGAUCUGCAGCUAAAGGUCAUUACAAACCUUGACCAAAACCCUGCGACCUUCCUGGCUGUGAUCUUCAUUAUGAUCCUGUAUGUUAUUCUGGCUUUCUGGGCCUUGCACAGGGAUGUGAUGGAUCAGUAUCUUCGGGACCAUGUGGUAGUGCUGCCCGAUAACGACCCUUUUGAUAACAUAUGCUACCUGGUUACCAUCUUUACUGGGAGUCGCUUGGGGUCGGGAACCAGAGCCAAUGUCUUUAUCCAGCUUAUGGGAGCAGAGAGUACCAGUGAUGUGCACUGUUUAAGCCAUCCAUAUUUUAGAACUCUUUACCGAGGAAGCAUCAACACGUUCCUCCUGACGACAAAAAAUGACUUGGGGGACAUCCACUCCAUCCGAGUGUGGCAUGACAACGAAGGCAAAGCGCCUAGCUGGUACCUAAGUCGCAUCAAAGUAGAAAAUCUCUUCAGCAGACGCAUUUGGCUGUUUGUGUGCCGAAAGUGGCUCUCUGUGGACACCACGUUGGAUGCGACAUUUCCUGUCACCAACCCGGAUGAGCCUCUGAGAAGGACAGACUUCUUCCUGAUUGACCUGAGCCAUAAGCUGGGCAAAAACCACAUGUGGUUCUCUGUUUUCACUGAUGUUGUCCCCAGACCGUUCAAUAGGCUCCAGAGGCUGUCUUGCUGCUUGGCCAUGUUGCUAAGCUCUCUCGUUUGUAAUAUCAUGUUUUUUAAUCUGAACAGAAAAGAGCAAACCCAAUCCAGAGAGGGGCGUAUCAUCAGGUCCAUGAUGAUAGGAAUCGAAAGUGUCUUAAUCACAAUCCCCGUGCAAUUAUUGAUAACCUUUUUCUUCACCUAUUCCCAGAAGGAACCUCGAGUGAAUCUAGACAAGGUGGCACCUCAGAAGCACCCCCUGAUGUCAGAGGAAGGUCUCUUCUGGAAAGAGCGAUUGGACAAAUGGCAUAAGUAUGAAAUGGAGGCUCUCGCCAACAAAGCCAAGUCCACCUCUGCUACCAGGGCAAAGUCUUCAAAGAGGGCCCCUAAAACCUCCCAGAAGAGUAAUAAAAAAGCAGACAGCAUGGCCCCAGACACCCAAAAGUCCAAUAGAAACUUCAGUAACAAUAACAUAGAAGACAGUGAAGAUGCCUCUUCGAAAGCUUCCUCUACCCAAUUGGAAACUACUGAGCCUGUUAAAAACAAGACCCAGAUUAUCCUGCCCAGAUGGUGUGUUUACAUAGCCUGGUUUUUGGUGUUUACCACUUCUGGCAUAUCAUCAUUCUUUAUUGUGUUUUAUGGCCUGACUUAUGGCUAUGACAAGUCAGUAGAGUGGCUCUUUGCAUCUCUCUGCUCUUUCUGCCAGUCUGUGUUCCUUGUACAACCAGGCAAGAUUCUAUUGGUGUCAGGCACCAGGACAAAAAAUCCCAAGUACUGUAAAAACAUCUCGUGGUCCAGCAAGUACCAUUACACAGAAAUCAGGCUGCAGGAGACAAAGAUGUCGCCAGAGGAGAUGCAGCAGCUCCACGAGGCCAUGGACUACCUCCGAGGCUCGAGCAUAUACCAGCCCAUCACCGAGGACAAAAUACAAAUACUCAGGAGGAAGAAGAGGAUCAAGAGGAGGUCCCUUUUGUUCCUGAGCUACCUUGUGACUCACUUCAUAUUCCUGACCCUUCUCCUGCUGCUCAUUGUCUCACUGCGCCAUAAUGACAGCUUCUACUAUAACCAGUUCAUCCGCCAUCAGUUCUCCGUGGGUCUUGCCACCGUGAUGAAGCUGGGAGAUAUCUACACAUGGCUCCACAGUGUGCUCCUGCCUUUGUUACACAAUGACCUGAACCCAACAUUCCUUCCAGACAGCUCAUCCAAAAUCCUUGGCCUUCCGCUCAUGAGGCAAGUGAGGGCCAAGCCUAGCAACAAAACAUGUCUGUUGGCCAAGAAGUUUGUGCAGAGAAGCAUUGAGGGAGAAAUCCAUUGUCACCCACAGUAUGGCAUUGACCCAGAAGACACAAGACACUAUUCCAGUGUUUGGAAUAAGGCUGGCAAGCGGUCUACAGACCAAAGCAGCAAUGGGUUUACUUACAAGCCUCCCGGGAAGAAAUGGGUGUAUCAUUCCUAUGGCGUGUUAAACACCUAUGGAUCUGGAGGCUACACAUUCGACUUCUUUCCAGAACAGCCGAUGUUUAAUUCCACACUGAGGCUCAAGGAACUUGAGGGAAAGAAUUGGCUUGAUGAGAUGACAUGGGCAGUGAUUGUGGACUUAACCACCCUGAAUCCAGAUGCCAGUCUGAUGUGUAGCGUUUCAGUUGUCUUUGAAGUCUCUCCCUUAGGUAUCGUUAACUCCAGCCUCUCUGUGUACUCCUUCUCACUGGCUGAUUUCAACAGAGAAACUUCGGCAGAAAUCUACCUGUACGUAGCCAUCCUCAUUUUCUUCUGUGCCUAUGUUGUGGACGAGGGCUACGUCAUCACGCAAGAGCGAGCUUCCUACUUCAGAAGUGUAUACAACCUGCUCAACUUGGCUCUGAAGUGCAUGUUUACUCUGCUGAUAGUGCUCUUCUUCCAGAAGCACCUCCUGGCCACCAGCAUGGUCCGGCUUUACCUGAGUGACCCCGAAACCUUUAUCCCCUUCCAUGCCGUUUCUCGGGUUGAUCAAUUCAUGAGGAUCAUCUUGGCUUUCUUGUUAUUUCUGACUAUCCUGAAGACACUCAGGUAUUCUAGAUUCUUCUAUAAUGUGCGCCUGGCCCAGAAAACCAUCCUGGCUGCCCUUCCUGGCAUCUGCCACAUGGCCUUGAUGGUAUCUAUGUAUUCCUUCAUGUAUGUAGCUUUUGGGUACCUGGUGUUCGGUCAGCAUGAAUGGAAUUAUAGCAACAUGAUCCACGCCACCCAAACCAUCUUCUCCUACUGUGUGUCAGCCUUUCAGAACACAGAGUUUUCCAGCAACAGGGUUCUUGGGGUCCUGUUUCUGUCAUCUUUUAUGUUGGUGAUGAUUUGUAUCUUCAUCAACUUGUUUCAGGCGGUGAUUCUGUCUGCCUACGACGAGAUGAAGCAGCCUGUGUAUGAGGAGCCAUCAGAUGAGGCAGAGGCAAUAACCUAUCUGUGUGAUAAGCUAAGAUCUGGGUUUGACUUUCUCACCUCCCGAUCUAGGGACAAAGACCAAUCCGAAUUCUUCGUCGACAUGAUGUAUGGGCAGCCAGAGAAGAACAGUCGCCGGUUCCUGGGGCUGAAGACCAGGAACAUCAGUGGGAAGAAAAUGGUUUACCUUGUUGUCUGACUGGUGAGGAUUGGAAGGGCCACAAGCAAGAGUGUCCCCAAACACUAAGAAUGUUUGUUAAGGGGACUGAAGAAUGUCGGAUGGCUCGGUCAUACACGUCUCCACAUCUGAAGUAUCCCCACUCUGGGCCCCACUCUUGGGAGUAAGAAUAUAUGAACAGAGGGGAAUGUUGGGGAGCGAAGAGGAUGGCAAGGUGGGAUUCCCUCUGGAUGGGAUUCGGUGACUCCUUUCCUGGGAGCCUGCAGCAGUGUGGAGGGUGACGGCCACUGAUUUUGAGAUCCAGCUUCAAGGGAAAGAGGUGGCCAGGUCCCGUUGUGUUUAGCCUCAGGCCAGCUGCCUCUAAGCAGAAACAAAUUGGCCAGCCUUCCUGGGAGUCUCCUUUGCAGACCAUGCCUGGGAAGCCCCUCUCCUCCAGCCUUCUUGCGGGCCAGGGCUAGAGGGGUCCUGCAGGGGAGUCCCAGGACUGACUUUAGAGUUUGAGAAUGUAGAGAUGAGAGCAGGGGACAGGGAUCUGAAGCUUCCCAAUUAAUUCCCCCAGGCUAAGCAUUUCUAGUGCACCAGGUAACAUUCCCUGACCAAGAGACAUGGCUAUUUCCAUCAAAGGUGCACAAAGGUCCACGUGGGAAUAUGGUACACAUUCUAUGUACUGAAUAUAAUAGUAUGUGUCUGAUGACUUGGGCGUUUGGUUAUUAUAUUUUUGACUUGGUGGAUGAUUUAAGAGUAAGGAAAUGUGGUUUCCUGUUCAAGAAGAACAAGGGCUAACAGUUUAUUCAGAAGCAGGUGCCUUUAUGCUGACACCACUUUAAGUUUUAUAUGAAUUAAAUUCGAGAUUUCUCCUGUGA